AUUUGCAGAAGCUGCACGUUAUAUUGUCUUUUCUAUCUUAGAAUUUUAACGCAGCAUACUAUUUUGUGAUUAGUUCUUUGUGCUCUUCAAUUUUCUGCAUUUCAUAUUCAUUAAAGAAACAUAACGUAUUCAAAUCAAAAAAUGAAAUCUGUGCUUUACAGGACUUUCAUGUUUCUGGUGAUGCUUGUGGUGCAGUGUACGUCAGCUUACAGAAAAUACUACGUCGAAGACGAAUGUGUUUCUCCCAACAAAUUCCAGAAAAUUUUCUUCAGACUUCCAGCAUCCGGGCCUGAUUCAGUGGGAGAACUGCGUUCGAAUCGCUUUGGAACUUACUCCAGAACAGGAAGAAAUUGCCUCAUCAAACUCAAACCUCCGAAAGGGCAUGGCAUCAUCAUAACAGUGCUUAAAGUUGAUUUCAGGAAUCACAACAGUUGCAAGGACUAUAUCAAAAUCUUUGAGAGUGAUGAUGAUGGUGAGAAACUGUGUGGUUAUCAGGAACUAGGACUUAAUGGAAAAACAUUUUUCUCUGAUGAUGGUAUUAAUAUUCUCUACCAUACAUCUGAAGGAGGAAUGGGUUUUAACGAUGGCUUCAAACUCAUAUUCACAGUAACUAAGUUAGAUGAAGACGCAGCUGCAUGUUCCUCUCCGGAAGACUUCAAGUGCGAUAAUUCACAUUGCAUAUGGGCUGGUGUAACCUGCGAUGGUAUCAACAACUGUGGAGAUGCCAGCGAUGAGAACUCAACGGAGCAUCCACAUUGUCGUAUGUACAACCAGAUUUACAAGAACUUCUUUUUUAAAUUAGCUAACAUCACACCAAUUGCUAUUGCUGCCACUGUGCUUGGAAUAACAAGCUUCAUUGCAAUCCUUGUUGCGAUGUGCGUCUGUUGCUGCCGCGGACAGCCAGACAAGCCAACCAAGCCUCCUCUGAUGGAAGAUUUUCCUUACAGAUCUAAUGGUGGCUACAUACCCCUUCCUGGAUAUACCUAUGGUUCCAUGAAAACCACAAUCGGACAUCUCCAGCCAGUGCAUUCAUCAGCAGUGCAAACAGAAGUACAACCAUCAGCUCCAACCGAUUAUUCUCGAUAUACUCAACCUAAAUCUGAGUUUCCGUUAAUACAUCAGAAAGUAGAAAUAAGAUACGACAGACCACCGCCAUACAGAGCAUGAUUUUCUAAAAUGAUAUUCUUGCAAUAUUUUUAUGCCACAAGCAUUGCUUUUUUAUUGCGAAACUUUUUUUUAUUUCCAUGUUACAUUUGUUUGGAUCUUGUUUAAUAAUGAUAUUUCUUAGCAUAUUCUAUUUUGAACUAAUUAAUUGUCUUCAAAGAGGAAAGUUCUCUGCAUUUAAUCAGUGUUUAUCACGCUUUCUUACAAAUUGCAUUUAUUGUACUAUUCUUCAAUAAAUGUUAUGAUAUUUUUAAACAGGUAUUUGUGAUAUGACUUAAGGCAAAAUUAAGUUUUCAGUGGCAAUAUAAUAUUUUAAAUGAAUUAAUGUAACAUGAAUUUAUAAAACUUUUUAUGUUUGAUACUACACUAAUGUUCAUUUACUGAAAACUGCAUUUGUUGUUAAUAAAACAGUAUCAACAUUGUAUUUAACCUA